CGUCGACUCUGAGAAUUGUGAGAAUUUUGUCGUUGAAUCGCGACCAGAGCUCUUCCAGAAUAGUCCGAACGCAAUGGCGACGUUCUUUCAGAGCGUUCGUCAGGGUUUCACCAGAAGCAACACGAAGAGCAAUCAGAACCUUAAGGCGCAGUACAAUGGCUCUCAGUCACCAAGCCUUCAACAAGCACCUCCUAUGCCUCCUCUGACGAAUUCACCCUCAUUAUCCUCUACCUUCAGCCAAGAGAGUGCCUACCAAGAUCAAGAGCCGAAGAAGUUCAUGAACGAGAAACACGCAAAGUGUUCAGUGAAGGGCAACUUUCUCACUUUGGCUGCGCAGCCCAAGAAUGUCGAGCUGGGGGAAUGGCUUGCCCAUCAACUGGUGGAAAUGAACAGACUUCUCACUGCCAUGAUCCAAGUCAUUCAGGAGGCUGACACUAAUACUGGGGUGCCUCUGUGCAAUGAAGUCAGCUGUCCCACAAUGUCCGCUGGACGUCUCACAUACACCUGGCUUGAGAAUGGACGACCAGCCAAGAUCCCAGCGCCAUCGUACAUUGUGCGAGUCCAGAGAUGGAUCGUGGGCAAGAUCCAUGACGAAAAGACCUUCCCUACCACACCACCGCCCAACGUUGCCAAUACCGCAUACGCAUCCGGAGAUACAGACUCGACGCCCAAUUCGGCUCAGACUCCUAUUGCCGCUGGACCGACCAAUCUGAACCAGUCCCUGAACGCUCUGGCUGGAUUGCAAGAUGAAUGGGUUGGCAAGUCCUCAGGCUUCCCACAACACUACCACCAAGAUGUCAAGAGCAUUAUCAAGCAGAUGUUCCGAUGCUAUGCUCACUUGUACCACAAUCACUGGGACAACCCAUUCUGGCACAUCAACCGACACUUGGAAUUGAACAGCUGCUUCGUCCACUUCAUCACGGUUGCCAUGUACUAUGACCUCUUGCCGAAGAAGGAUAUGGAGCCGCUCCAGGGACUCAUUGACAUCUUUAUCAGUCAAGGCGUCGUGCCCAAGGAAGCUGUUCAACAACAUGUCAGCUAGUUUGUCAGUGGAAUGUCAGAAGACUGUCAUGUCACUUGGCACAUUUCAGACCCGACUCUUGAUCGAGUGUGACUACGAUGUCUACGGCAAAGAUUAUGAAAGCAAGUGCAUGCAUUUAGCGAUGACUACGGCGUUUAGAGGAAACAGAACCCGAAAUGGCUGAUGGGAAUGGUAUUGAAGAUGGUGAAUAGCAUGGCACUGGUAUUUGCAGCAUGUUACUGAUGUUAGGCGAGCUUGGCUGAGCGGCUUAAAGUUACGAGCAUGCUUGGCCGGAGAUUCAUCGAGCUACAGAAUAUGUGCUUGGCACAUUACAUAUUUCGGGUUGAGGGCUGCAUAUCGAAAUGUCAGAGGAUGAGCUCGAGAUCAAAGUGUAAUAAUCGAGAUCAAAAAAAGAGCUCAAAUCGAUGACUUUCACUCGUACCGGUUCUGAGCUCGAUGCUAUGGAGGUCGUUCUUACAUUUGUCCCUUACGCUUCAUUCUUUCUUGCGAACUUAUCGAAGGCGCCAUAGCCUCACGCUCCUUUCACGAGAGAGAUGGGGAUGCCUUCGUCUCUUUCCAGUACCCUCGCAGCAGGAAGAUGAUGCUGACGACCAAACCUAGACCUGCAAGGCCGGUGCCCAGAUACCAUGCGCCACGAUACCCAUGCAG